CUCAUUCAAGCAUUUAAAAUUCAAAGCAUUUCUUUUUGGCACUAAGAAGAAGGAAAGGUUGUUUUUUGCUUGGUCUAUAGACAUAAUCAGUUAUCUUAUUUAACAAAUAUUAUAUGAUGUCGUCAAAAGAAAAUCAAUAAAAGCCGUAUCAAGAUCAUUGCGAAUCUUCAGUAACGUGUUAUCUUUGGAACAAGGAAGUCUACCUAUAAUAAAAAAAAGUCAUAGACAUGAAGUUUUUAAUUGUUGUGAUAAGUUUGACACUAUCAAAGACAUUAGCAGCACCAGCACCGUUACCACAAAAUGAUUUCGAUCCAGACAGCUUAAAUCUGCAAAUAUUUGACGAGGACAACAUCAGUACACAAGGAAGACUGACACCACAGGGAUUCACUCAACCAUUCGACAAUAUAAUCAAACAAAGACAAGCGGAAAGCUUUAUUCCUAAUGGUGCCACAGUUGUUCGAUAUUUCUACGAUUUGGAUGAUCUUCAUUAUAAAUAUACCUAUGAACUGUCUGAUGGAACGAUUAAGAGUGAGGAAGGAUCAUACAAAGAUGGAGAAGAUAAUGAAGGAAAUCCAGUGAAGAUUCUAGUCGUAUCAGGAGCUUACUCAUUCACAGCUCCAGAUGGUGAAGUUUACUGGACGAAAUAUCAAUCAGAUGAAAAUGGAUACAGACCAACUCAUGGAAAGGGAGUCGGUGGAAUCAAACCCGGCGAAGAUGCUGAAAUUGACCCAAAUCUUUUAAAAUCACUUCUCGGUUAAGUGCCAUCAAAUCAUCUCUAUCAUUUUAUUCGCUUCAUCGUGUUUACCCACCACCUCAACAUUCCUUUAUGCUUAAUUUUAUAUUUGAAAAAAAAAAUAAGAAAAAUAGUUUUAAGUAAUAAACUCAUCAAAAUUUGACACAUCAAUCGGUAUAUUUGUUUGAAAUUCGUGUAUUGUAGUUUUUUUUACAUAUUGCUUGCACUUUAACAAUUGGCUAGUUAUGUUAUGUAAGGUCAAUGAUCUUCCGAACAUCGUCAAAAAUAUAUUAUACAAAGUAAUUAUGCAACGAUAAAAAAAUUAGCAUUUUUUUCUAUAAUCGUGAAUAUUUUCGUUUUUUUAGCUUAUAUGCAUGAUAGAAAUUCGAUGAGGUCUUUUUUUUUUGACGUGUGAAAAAUGUGCACUCAUUUACAUACUUUUGUGUUUGAAUAUAUUUUUAGGGGGUCUGAGGUUUUGAUAAUUGUUUUUUUCUAGAUUGAGGUGAUUUUGUGACUACUUAUUUGAAAAAUUAUAUUAUGACCA